AUGGAUGGCAAAUCUGCUGCUGUCGCUUUGGUUCUCUGUCUGGUCUCAGUGGCAGGGUCAGAAGGUAAGGCCCUGGAGAAGACAGAGGAUAAAGGCUCCCAAUGCCGGUGCAUAAGCACUCAUUCCAAGUUCAUCCCUCCCAAGACUGUCCAGGAUGUGAGAUUAAGCCAACGAGGACCUCACUGCAAAAGUGUGGAAAUCAUAGCUACACUGAGAGGUGGCAGAGAGGUGUGCCUGGAACCCACGGCGCCCUGGGUCUGGCUCACUGUGAAGGCUCUGUUGGCCAGGGCCAGGGACAAUACAGAGGCACCAGCCAAACAAAAGCUGAGGAAAAUUAUACCUUGGAGUUCUUCAAAGAUAUGA